GUGGUUUCCAAAUCUUGUGACCACCUUGCCGCUACCAACUGAACUGCACUUUCUUCACCACUCUCAUCUGGAUCCUGGGCUGGUCUGAGUUGCACAGACUCUCUCUCUCUCUCUCUUUCUCUCCAGCACACUCUCACUUAAGCUCUCUUUGAGCCUCCUGCUCCUGUGACUGUAGCUGUGGUCCGUCACCUGCACUCCCGUCACAGCAUGCAGCUCCUGGUGGUGUUAGCAGCUCUCAUGGGGGUUCUGUUCAGCGUUAGAGCAGCCGCCGUGCUUCCUGUGGAGGACAGGAGCCCCAGCCAUGUGAACAGGGAGCUGAACAAAGAGCGGAAGGAGCUGAUCCUGAAGCUGGUGUCUGGCUUGUUGGACGGAGCUCUGGACACCAACAUGUUGCCAGGGGAAGCGGUACCCGUGGAUCUCGAGGAGCCGCUGGAGUCUCGUCUGGAGGAGAGGGCUGUCUACAACAGGCUAUCACUGCCUCAGCGUGACCGCAAAGCCCCCUGUAAAAACUUCUUCUGGAAAACUUUCACCUCCUGCUAACAGUGCCCAAAACCACCCGGCUCUGCCUGCCUUCUGUACUCCUUCCCUCCCAGCUCCACAUGAACUGUAGUAGACCUCAGCUGUACAUAUCAUCUACACCUGUCAGACAUGCAGCAUCGAUGGACUUCACCGAGACAGUGUGUUUAUGUAUCAAUUUAUGUAUACACUGUAUGUAUUUAUGUAUGUAACAUUUUCUUUCAGGGUAAACAAUAAAGCAUGGAUAUAAUG